GACAAAAAAAACUAAACUAAACUAAACUGACUAAAAGAUACAUUAACACAAAUAAAAAAUCACAUUUCAUUAUCGUAUUUCUAAGCACCUUAUUUUAAAAUGUUAAAAAUAUAUUUAUUUAUUAAAAAUAUUAGCAUGCAAAGCGGAUGCCCGAUAGGUGUAAAUGUAACAAGUAAAUAAUAACACGGACUGUCAUAUAAAAUGGCAGGUAUUUCACAUAAAUAAGCUUCAUCAUGGAAUUCAUUUUACUAGGGAUUUAUUUUUAAAAACAGGAUAGUCCUUGAAUUUCUCAAGGACUAGGUUUCUUUUGCCGAGUUGCCGGUGACACCAGUUAUAAUAUUUUUGUAUUUGUUUUGAAAGUCCUACUAACUAUUCUUGCCGAUAUGUUGCAGCUAUAUAAUCAAAUAAAAAUGUUUUUUUUAAUACUACGUUUUAAAAAUUAAUUUAAAUUUUAAUCGACCUUGCGAUUACUUUGUAGUAAUGGUAUCCAGAGUAAGCCUAAAAGAAUUUGUUUAUUUAUCCGAUUUUCGCAAUAGGCAUAUUAAAUUUAAAAAUUAAAAAAAAAGAAGCAUUAAUUUUUUUUAAAAACAGUGACUCCAUAAAAAUUACUUAACACUUUUUUUAUAUUUCCUUUGGCAAUUAUUAUUACAUUUUUCUUAAAAAAUUGUAAAUAUUAAUAACGGAUCAGCCUUAUAUUAUAUUAUUGCAUAUUUAUCACAGCGAGCUUCAGAUGCCAAUCUAUACGAUAUGGAAUAUAUUAAGUUUCAAGUAGAUAUAUAAGAGAUAUCUUGUAAACUCUCAAGCACAGGUAAACUUGAUUUCAACAUGGCAUUUACCCAGGUAUUAUUUAUCGCUGUUGUUGGAUGUUUACUCUUUGCAUUUACGCAAGGAGGAAUCCACGAGUCAGGUGGCCUUGGAGGUUUUGGAGGAUCUGGUAGAUUAGGUAGCGGCGGAUUAGGAAGUGGUGGGUUUGGCGGCGGAUCAAGCAGUGGUGGAUAUGGAAGAAGCGGUAGAGGCAGUGGAGGAUUUGGCAGCGGAGGCGGAUUAGGAAGUGGAGGACUUGGAGGCAGCGGUGGUUUCGGUAGUGGUGGAUCAGGCGGUAGUGGAUCCGAAAGUGGUGGAUAUGGAGGAAGCGGUGGUUUUGGCGGUGGAUCAAGCAGUGGUGGAUCAAGCAGUGGUGGAUAUGGAAGAAGGGGUAGAGGCAGUGGAGGAUUUGGCAGCGGAGGUGGAUUAGGAAGUGGAGGACUUGGAGGCAGCGGUGGUUUCGGUAGUGGUGGAUCAGGCGGUAGUGGAUCCGAGAGUGGUGGAUAUGGAGGAAGCGGUGGUCUUGGUAGUGGUGGAUCAGGAGGUGGCGGAUCAGGAAGUGGCGGUUUUGGCAGUGGAGGAUCUGAAAGUGGUGGAUAUGGAGGUAGCGGUAGAGGAAAUGGAGGAUUUGGCAGUGGUGGUGCAUCAGGAAGUGGAGGACAAGGCGGCAGCGGUGGUUUCGGUAGUGGUGGAUCAGGAAGUGGUGGAUCAGGAAGUGGUGGAUCAGGAAGUGGUGGUUUUGGCAGUGGUGGAUCCAGCGGUGGUGGGUAUGGACGCAGUGGCCUCGGUGGAUUAGGCCAAGGCGGGAUCAGCAGCAGUGGUGGACUUAUAAGCCCUGGAAGUCAAGGACAAAGUAGCCAGAGUAUUUCUAGUAGUGGCGGAGGUGGCAAACAUUGAUCAAAAUGUUAAAGGCUCGGAAAGACGUGAUAAAAGAUUUAUGUAUACCAUAUGUAAAGUUUUUUAAAAAAUUUCUGAUUUUAACUAUUUCAAUAUUAAAUUUUACGUAAUAUACUAAAAAUAUCUAAUGUAAUAUGUAUUAA